AUGCGCCGGCGGCGGCGGCCCUCCACCCUGGCCCGGGUGCUACUCCAGUUCCCCCUGGAGCUGAGCUCCAUCCUGUCCAAGGAGGAUGCGCACUACCUGGAGAAGCGCGCGCGGCGGCGGUGGUGGAGCCGGCGCUCCUUCCCCCGCAAGGUGCUGCCCCUCGGCGCCAUCUUCUUCGCCGCCUCCUUCAACCUCACCAUCCUGGCCAACCUGAAGGACGCCAUCAUGGUGACCACGGCGGGCGCGGAGACGCUGCCCUGGCUGGCCUCCUGCGGCAUCCUCCCCGCCUCCGUCGCCUUCUUCGUUGCCUACGGCACCAUGGUGGAGCGCUUGCCCCAGCGCGCCGUCUUCUACGCCGCCGUGGCCCCGCUCCUGGCCGCCUAUGCGCUGUUCGCCGGCGCGCUCUACCCCGCGCACGCUUACCUCCACCCCGUCGGCCUUACCGCCGCGCUGGCCGGGGCAACGCCCCCGGGCCUGCACGGCGCGCUCAAGAUGGUGGAGCACUGGACCUUCUCGCUUUUCUACUGUGCCGCGGAGCUCUGGGGCUCCGUCGUCAUCUCCAUCCUCUUCUGGAGCUUGGCCAAUGAGGUCUGCACCGUGAACGAGGCCAAGGCCGUGUACCCCCUCAUGGGCAUCGCCGCCAAUGUGGCGCUGGUCAUCGCUGGGUCCUACCUCAAGUGGGUCAACGCCAGCGUCGCCCACGGCAACACCCAGCUCAUGCUGAAUGUGCUGGUGGGCACUGUCAUUGCCAUGUCUGGCGUCAUGGCCGUUGCCAAGUUUGUUAUUGAUACGUAUGUGGUGGGUCCCUACUGCAGCCUCGACGAGCGCUCCAGCCCCAAGGUGCUUAAGAAGAAGAAGAAAAACAAGGGGUCGCUGGCCAACAGCCUUUCAGUGCUGAAGGAGUCGCCCAAGGUCCGGAACCUGGCGAUGCUGGUGGUCAGCUAUAGCGUCUCCCACCGCCUGUUUGAGUUCGCAUGGAAGGGAGCGCUGCGCACGCUGCACCCCACUCCCGGCGCCUACCAGUCGGUGCUGGCCGACGUGGCCAUCGCCACAGGCUAUGCCACCAUCGCCCUCAUGCUGCUCAGCCGCUACGUGUUUCAGUACGCGGGCUGGGCGGCGGCCGCAGCCGCCACGCCCACCGUCAUGCUCGUCACCGGCGGCGCCUUCUUCGGCCUGUCCAUCGCGGCGGGGGCGGGGCUCACGCUUGGCUCCCUGGGGCCCCUCCAGCUGGCGGCGCUGGGGGUGGGCACGGGGGUGGCAACCCAGGUCUUCGCGCGGUCGGCCAAGUUCAGCUUGUUUGAUCCGGCCAAAGAGAUGGUGUACAUUGAGAUGACGCCGGAGGAGAAGUCCAAGGGCAAGGCGGCCGUGGACCUGCUGGGCAGCCAGAUCGGAAAGAGCGGCGGGGCCUGGAUCACGCAGGGCCUGAUCCUGGUAUCGGGGUCCAUCACAGCCAGCCUCCCCCUCAUCUCCGCCGUCUUCCUGGCAACGCUAACGACCUGGCUGGGCGCGGUGCGCAGCCUGGCCCGGCAGAUCGCAGACUACGAGGCCGAGAAGCAGGCGCGGGAGGAGGCGGGGGACCCCUCGGCGGGCACCGGGGGGGAGCAUGCGCGGACCACCCCGCCGCCUGGCCCGCAGCAACCGAGUCUGCCGCCCGGCAACGGCGCACAUGCAGACGCGCCGACCGCCCGCAGGCCCCUGGCGGCGUGA